GCUCCUCCUUCACAAGUGCAGGUGCAGGAACAAACUCGGUCUCCGCCGAUUUAUUCGGGGUCCGCCCCGCAUCAUCGAAUGGAAAUGCAAAUGCUCCUCCACCAGCACGCGCCUCUGCGACUGCAGAGCUGCAAUCCGAAAUCCGCAGGAUGUCGGCGAGGAAGUACAGCAAGCCCUGUUUACAGCAAUUGCUGGACGAGGAGAAGAUCAAAAGUUUGCAAAAACAGGUUUUGGAAGUAGAGGAGUUGGAAAGGGAAAAGGAGUUGAAAGACCAAGAAGCGGCGAAAAUGUCCGGGAACAAGAAGAAUAACAGAACUUACAAUGCUAUCAAAUGCAAAAAUGUCUGGGUCUGGAAUGUUGCCGGGUUUGUCAUGCAUAUUCUGCAUGACCCAGGACGUCUGUAAUGCACGACCUAGCAUCACAAAAUUUUUGCUGGCUUCAUGAUGCCUACUCCGCAUGACCAAUGCCCUCCCCGCGUAGUACAAACUAGACUCCUCCUGCUGGUCAUGCAAUACAGAUUUUUUUAGAGUCCAAGCAAAGUAAGCAUCACAAGUUCCAACCUUCCAGGCAGACCCAGACAUUUUUACAUUAGAUAAAUGCAGGCCAAGGAGAUAAUGAUCUCAUCGACAUCUACACAGCUUUCUUCCAUUUCCAGGUUCCAAACGAUUUCAAAAAACCAAUCCCCGAAAAGGUGAUCAAGGUGCACUUCUACGUGAAUAAAGUGGAUGAACAACAAGUAGAGGACGACGCAAGAAUUAUCUCUGCACCACAACAGGAUCGGGUGUCAGCAGGGACUGUUUCAUCUGAAGGAACUUCCGCACCAGCAGCAGAAACUGCGGAAAAAUCUCCUGUGUCAGACAGUACUAUCACCUUCUCUUUCGAACAGGACCAAACGGUGUUGAAAGCGGUCAGGCCGAGUUCCGCGCGGUUUGUGAAAAACCGGAUUCAGCUCGCUCUACAAGAACGGGAUCAGAUCGUCGAGCGGGCUUUCACGGCGGUCGGGGGGAAAAGGAGGAUGAUAAAUGCGAAGGCUUUUCCGGCUUUUGGAGUGAAGAAAGACGCUGUUUUAACCACGAAAUUUGAGGAAUCGCGAACGAGGGAGGCUUUGACGUUGAAACAGCAGAAUGGUGAAAGAGGAAAACUGCUGUCUGCCGCAGUCGACGGAACGUUGGCAGCGAGUUCAGGGACCGGUCGUGCAGUAGCAGGAGCGGCCCCCACUCUGUUGACAAGCGCAGGCGAAGAUGAGGACAACUCGCAUUGUUCCGCGAAACAAGGAG